CGAAAAAAAAUAUAAAAAGUAAAUACAUUAUAAUAAUAAAGUUUUAAACGAAUUAUAAAAUAAUAUAAUUAAUAAUGCAGAUUGACCGCCAAAGAAGCAUUUAAAAUUAUGCAUGAGCUCCUCAAAAAACGUUACAAGCCCAAGAAACUUCCAACUACAAUAAAGUUUCGUAAAACAAACUUUGACGUAACAUCUUUAGAGAAUGAUGACGAUGAAAAUAAUACAAGUGAAAAAUCAAGCGCUGAAGAAUCCGAUGCUGAAACAAUGGAUUCAGAUUUGGAUGAAGUUUCACCUGAAUUUAGAAAAGUGAUGUUUAGUCCUACAUUUUUGGAGGACCACAACCUUUUAGUUGAAGAGACUAAAGAGUUUGAAGAGCCACUUGUUAAAGCAGCAGAUGCUAGAAAAGCUCAAAUAGAAAUGGAUAAAGAUGUCACUAUAGAGGAAAUUACACAACAGCCUGAAAUUAUCGUUUUAUCAAACGAAGAAAAUGAUAUGCAGGUUGUAAUAGAAAACGAUACAGAGAUAUACCAACUGCCUUUCGGUAACAGCAUAGAGAAAUUUUUCGACAUUGACAAAUUUGAAAAAGCAAUUAAUGAAGACAGAGAACUAUUAGAUGAAAUACUGGGAGAAAAAUCUGAAGACGUGGAACAAACUUUUAAAAACAAAAAGUUAGAAGAAACAUCUGAACCAUUGAUUUCUAAACCACCGCUUCAGGAACAAUCUGAAAAAUUGCAUGAUCCUACAGCUGAUUCACCAAUUCAGUGUCCACCUUUCAAGGACCAAUCGAAAGAAUUAAAUGCUAUACCACCGAUUCCGAACCUACCGCUCCAUGGACAAUCGACAUGUAAUUCAAAUAUUUUAGAUGGACCAGCUGAUUCACACAUUCUAACUUCACCACGCAAUGUACAAUGGGACAGGCGAAAUGAUCGACUAGGACAUACGUAUAUGUCAUAUUAACAGAACUAUGCUCAUCCUUUUCAUCUAAAUCGACCGUUCCAGGAGCAACCAAGUAGACAAAAUGAUCGACUAACUCAUCCGUACAUGGCAUAUCAACAGCACUAUUCUCAACCUUUUUAUACGAAUCAACAAUUCCAGGAACAAUCGCAGAGACCAAAUCCACAGGAAUAUGCUCAAUAUUUUUUUCUAAAUCAACCGUAUCAAGGACAUUCAACAAGAAUAAAUGAUGAACCAUUUUUAAGACAACGAAGACCAACAUUGCGUUCCCAUCGCUACAAAAUGAAAAAUUAUUACAAGUCUUAUUACUACUACUCCAACAACCAAUAAUAAAUUAAUAUUAAUG